UGAAAUAAAGUGUAAGAAUUAUUAACCAUGUCUCGCGCUAGUUUUGUAUUGUUUGUAAUGAUUGGAAUAAUCUGCAGCACGACUAUUGCACAGGACCAGUGCGGGAGAAAUCAAGAGUGGACCACUUGUGGAUCGGCAUGUCCACCAUCUUGUAACUCGCCGCCUAAUCGAGCCUGCACAUUACAAUGUAUUAUAGGAUGCCAGUGCAAAAGGGGAUAUCUGCGAAAUUCUUCAGGAGCAUGUGUGCACUCUACACAAUGUUAGAAAUUAAUUGUAUGUACUUACUAAAGAGUUGACAACUUUUAUUUAAUGUCAACGAGAUUUUUACUAAACAUUUUUAAUUAAAAAUCAUGUCUGUCGAUAUACCAAUACGUAUUAACAUGUAUUGUUAGAUGCAAUAUGACAUAAUUAUUGUUGUUUAUAUAUAAUAAUUACUAAUUAUAAUA